AUGUCUUCGGGUUUAAUAAAGGUUACGACCCGUAAAGGCAGUGUUCAGUAUCUGCAAGAAUGGGAAUCAGAGCCUAGGCGCUGUGUUCAGUCAGGCGGCAUUGUACUUGCUUCUAUGGACCUGAGAAAUAGCGCCUGGAUUCAUACGCCCACUACGGAGCAUGUCGCACGCACUCUUGCAAGUCGAGCUGAGGAGAAUGCUCUUCUCAUCAUCGUUGCAGCCUGCGUAUUUGGCUUCGUCGUGCUCGUAAUUAAUAUGCUGGUGUUCGGCUUUCUCAUCAAGCGCCGACGGCGCCGGCGUCUGCACCGGCAGCAUCGGCUGCUCCACAUUGUUGCGGAUGGUGGUGGUGGUGGCAGUGGGAUUGGCGUCUCUUCGCCCGGAAACCGAGGUCUCGGAGUAGGCGGAGAAGUCAUUGGACUUCCCAGAGCAUUGGGUUUAACUGGAGGAGGCAGCAUAGAUCCGGCUCAUCUGCCAGGUAGCCACUUCACCAUGACGAAUGGGAUGGCGGUACUUCAUUCUGCUCAGAUGGCCUCAUCUUCAGGUUUGCUAUCUAGUCCAGGGAUAGAGACAAAGGGUCCUAACGACCCUCGAAAUUAUACUCACAACUCUCAUGGCCUAUUUUUCCACGAUCGAAGUCAGCAUCAUCAUCAGCAGCAACAUCAGCAUCUACAUCAUCUACAGUCGCAUCAAUGGCAGAGCAAGUCUGGGGAAUUGAUAAAUGAUUACGAGUUGCAAAAUGGGAAACUGAUCUCAGAACCUAAAUCAAAAACUUCCUCUGGUACGAGUGAAGAUGAGUUAUUCUGUUGCCCAAUCGGCAAAAGUCGAGCUAAGCGGAAGCGCGGCAUGCUUUCCGGUGAGUCAAAAGCAUCUUAA